CACCUAGCGCGCGGCAUGGCGGCGCAGUGCUGCUGCCGCAAGGCGCCCGGGGCCGAGGCUGCGCCCGCCCGCCCACCGCCGGAGCCGCCGCCCGCCCUGGACGUGGCCUCGGCCUCCAGCGCGCAGCUCUUCCACCUUCUCCACCUGCAGUUGGGCCUGGAGCUGCGGCCCGAGGCACGCGAGCUGGCGGGCUGCCUGGUGCUGGAGCUGUGCGCGCGGCGGCCCGCGCCCCGCGCGCUCGUGCUCGACGCGCACCCGGCCCUGCGCCUGCACUCGGCCGCCUUCCGCCGCGCCCCCACCACUGCCGCCGCCGCCCCGGACCUGCCCUGCGCCUUCGCCUUCGCCGCGCCGGGGCCCGGGCCCCCGCCGCCUCCGCUGCCCGCCUUCCCCGAGGCGCCCGGCGCCGAGCCCGCCUGCUCCCCGCUGGCCUUCCGGGUGGACCCGUUCACCGACUAUGGCUCCUCGCUCACUGUUACGCUGCCGCCCGAGCUGCCGGCGCACCAGCCCUUCCAGGUCAUCCUGCGAUACACCUCCACCGACGCCCCCGCCAUCUGGUGGCUGGAGCCGGAGCUGACCUACGGCCAUGAGAAGCCCUUCGUGUUCACCCAGGGCCACUCCGUGUGCAACCGUUCCUUCUUCCCCUGCUUUGACACACCAGCUGUCAAGUGCACCUACUCGGCCGUCGUCAAGUCUGGGGUCCCACAGGCUCCCUCAGGGGUGCAGGUGCUGAUGAGCGCCACCCGGAGCACGUAUGUGGAGGAGGAGGGUGUGUACCGCUUCCACAUGGAGCACCCCGUGCCUGCCUACCUCGUGGCCCUUGUGGCCGGAGACCUCCAGCCCGCGGAUAUCGGACCCAGGAGCCGUGUGUGGGCCGAGCCGUGCCUGCUGUCCACGGCCACCAGCAAGCUGUCAGGCGUGGUGGAACAGUGGCUGAGUGCGGCUGAGAGGCUGUACGGGCCUUACAUGUGGGGCAGGUACGAUAUCGUCUUCCUUCCGCCCUCCUUUCCCAUCGUGGCCAUGGAGAACCCCUGCCUCACCUUCAUCAUCUCCUCUAUCCUGGAGAGCGACGAGUUCUUGAUCAUUGACGUCAUCCACGAGGUGGCGCACAGCUGGUUUGGCAACGCCGUCACCAAUGCAACCUGGGAGGAGAUGUGGCUAAGUGAAGGCUUGGCCACCUACGCGCAGCGGCGCAUCACCACCGAGACCUAUGGUGCAGCCUUCACCUGUCUGGAGACGGCCUUCCGCCUGGAUGCCCUGCACCGGCAGAUGAAGCUGCUGGGAGAGGACAGCCCGGUCAGCAAGCUGCAGGCCAAGCUGGAGCCAGGAGUGAACCCCAGCCACCUGAUGAAUCUGUUUACCUACGAGAAGGGCUACUGCUUCGUGUACUACCUAUCCCAGCUCUGCGGAGACCCCCAGCGCUUUGACGACUUUCUCCGCGCCUAUGUGGAGAAGUACAAGUUCACCAGCGUGGUGGCCCAGGACCUGCUGGACUCCUUCCUCAGCUUCUUCCCAGAGCUGAAGGAGCAGAGCGUGGACUGCCGGGCAGGGCUGGAAUUCGAGCGCUGGCUCAACGCCACGGGCCCUCCGCUGGCGGAGCCGGACCUGUCUCAGGGAUCCAGCCUGACUCGGCCAGUGGAGACCCUCUUCCAGCUGUGGACGGCAGAGCCCCUGGACCAGGUGGCCGCCUCGGCCAGCACCAUCGACAUCUCCAAGUGGAGGACCUUCCAGACAGCGCUCUUCCUGGACCGGCUGCUGGACGGGUCCCCGCUGCCCCAGGAGGUGGUGACAAGCCUGUCCAAGUGCUACUCGUCCUUGUUGGACUCGAUGAACGCCGAAAUCCGCAUCCGCUGGCUACAGCUGGUGGUCCGCAAUGACUACUACCCUGACCUGCACAGGGUGCGGCGCUUCCUUGAGAGCCAGAUGUCACGGAUGUACACCAUCCCGCUGUACGAGGACCUCUGCACCGGCGCCCUCAAGCCCUUCGCCCUGGAGGUCUUCUACCAGACACAGGGCCAGCUGCACCCCAACCUGCGCAGAACCAUCCAGCAGAUCCUGUCCCAGGGCCUGGGCCCAGGCGUGGAGCUGGCUGCAGAGCCCAGCACCGAGCGGGACACAGGCGCUGAUACGCCGGCCCUGCUGCUCAGUGACGAGGCCCCCGGCAGUGCCAUCUCUCUCAGGGACGUCAACGUGUCUGCCUAGCCCUGUGCAGGCUGCCCACAACUUCCCAGACAUCACGAUUGUGCCUUCUGCGGCGCGGGCCCUUGGGCUCUUCUAGGCCAGCAGGGAGCCAGGCAAACGCGAGGCUUCCUCUCUGGCUGGCCGGCUCUCCUGCACUGCAGGCUUGAGCGGCAGCUCCCAGUGCACCCAUGCCCUCCUGUCCCCACACUGAGGCCGCGCCCAGCCUGGACUCCAGCAGGAGGGGCGGGCGUCCACACCAGGCUCUGCAGGGUGAGGGCCUCGCGGCCUCAAGCCACCGCCACACUGUGCCUUAAGUCUGCAGGCUGCACGGGCUGCGCUUCCCACAGAGCCUCUUCGGCAGGGCCCGCCUGGCAGAGGCCGGGGAUGUAUAUGUGCCUUCUGUCCCUGUGCAGCAUGGGGACAGGGGACACCAGGGAGAGGCCACAUGUCCCUGGGGAGGGGCCCAGGGCCGAGGAAAGCCUUAGCCCCUCAGGGAACCAGGGUCCCAGCCCCGGGGAGCAUGGGGCUGCCUGGGUGGGUGGGACGGGAGGGGCGCAGGGGCAAAGCAAUACCACAGGGAAGGGGUAGGUGGCACCGGUGCUCUCCUUAGGCCACCAUGCUGCAGUGUGCUGCAGUGUCACCCAGAUGGGGUCUCCAGGGACCGCUGGGAUGAGCACCUCCACUGGGCCCCGCACUGUGCCUGCGGAGUCACUAGGACGGUCCCAUUAAACCUCCACUCUGCAAACCUGA